UUACAAUUGGAGUGGAGGGGCGCGCACAGCUGGCGUGUGUUUAUGUAAUAGCCAUGCAUGCUAAGCCACAGCCAGGGUGACAGCGGUCACACACAUCAGUCAGUGCGUGCGCUGGUUCUGCGGAUCGAGCUCGUGCGGAGAUAUCGGCGCGAUUGACCUGGGCUAUAGGAGGGCGCUCGAGCUCCACCGCCUCGCGCUUCGCUUUUUAGACCCGUUGGAAAUUGUCGUUGAUUCGUGGAAUCCGCGUGGCCAGCAGAAGAAGAACACCCCGACCCAAAACCGGGAGGGUGGUCUUCUGUGGACGCUUUGAAUCGACGCCGGCAGAGGGGACAUUUUAGUAUCAUUUUUCUUACUCCUUCAGGCUCAUUUCAGUGUGCUACUCAUUCCGGCACCCCUUAGUCAGUCAGUCAGUCAGUCAGUCAGUCAGUCAGUCAGUCAGUCAGUCUGUCAGUCAAUCAGUCAGUGCCUCGGCUCGGAGGCCGGAGGCAGCGGGAGGAUGUAGCGAUGGAUUAACGAGGUCCGGACAGGAAGAGAGGAGGGAGACCGAGGGCCACGGCGGGAGGACGUAGGGGACAUGGGGAAGGACCAGGAGUUGCUCCAGGCGGUCAAGACCGAGGACUUGCUGACAGCGCAGCGGCUUCUGCAGAGACCUCGGCCGGGAAAAGCCAAGCUGUUGGGAGCACCCAAGCGGGUGAAUGUGAACAUCCAGGACCCGGAUGGGCUGUCUCCUCUACACCAUGCUGCUCUCAGUGGAAACAAGGAGCUGAUCUCCCUGCUGUUGGAGGCUCAGGCAGCAGUGGAUAUGAAGGAUAACAAAGGGAUGCGUCCUCUACAUUAUGCUGCCUGGCAGGGAAAGACUGAACCAAUGAAAAUGCUGCUGAAGGCAGGUUCAUCUGUCAACGGCCAAUCAGACGAAGGGCAGAUUCCUCUGCACCUAUCAGCUCAGCACGGGCACUAUGAUGGGUCAGAGAUGUUGCUUCAACACCAGUCAAAUCCGUGUAUCUCAGAUUCAGCUGGAAAAACACCCCUAGAUCUCGCCUGUGAAUUUGGACGAGUUGGGGUCGUGCAGCUCCUGCUCAGCAGUAACAUGUGUGCUGCCAUGCUGGAGCCAAAACCAUCCGACCCCAACGGAGUGUCACCACUCCACCUGGCCGCCAAGAACGGACACAUCGACGUCAUACGGCUGCUGAUCCAAGCUGGUAUAGAUAUCAACAGGCAAUCAGAGUCAGGCACAGCACUGCACCAGGCUGCCCUCUGUGGGAAGACAGAGGUAGUACGCCUGCUGCUGGACAGUGGCAUCAGUGCGGGUGUGAGGAACACACUGUGUCAGACGGCCCUGGACAUCGUCAACCAGUUUACCACCACACAGGCCAGCCGCGAGAUCAAGCAACUGCUGAGGGAUGCUUCCGCAGCCAUGCAGGUGCGGGCGCUAAAGGAUUACUGCAACAACUAUGACCUCACCAGCCUCAACGUCAAAGCUGGGGACAUCAUCACGGUCUUGGAACAGCACUCUGAUGGCCGAUGGAAGGGCUGUAUCCAUGACAACCGGACAGGAAAUGACAGAGUGGGUUACUUCCCCUCCAACAUGGUGGAGAUCAUCAAGCGGGCAGGUUCGAGGACUGCAGAGCCCAGUCCCCAGGGCUCCCCCACCCUCUGCCAGCAGGGCGGCACCAGCGAGGACAUCUGGGUGCUGCGUAAGCCUCUCGCAGGCGGGGACCGGAGCGGCAGCGUGGGCAGCCUGGGCAGCGUGGGCAGCGUGCGCUCCACCGGCAGCCUGCCGGGCAGCGGGAACACCCACGUCCUGAACACGCCCACGCCCAGCCCGCAGACCGCCACGCCCCCGCCGGGGGUCAACCCCCACGGCCUCAACGUCCCCGGCCUGCACGCCCAGUCGGAAGGCGUCAAGCUCCUGGCUACUGUGUUGGCUCAGUCAGUGAAGGCUAAAGAACAUCUCAUGGAGCAAUCCCAAUCUGUGGAGCAGUCAGCAGGUUCCACAGCCAGCUGCCAAGUGCAUGAACAGCGAUCGUUUGAGCGGAAAGCGGAGGAGGAGGAUGGGAAAAAGGAGGCGGUAGUGGCAUGGCUGGGUGAGUUUCAGCUGCAGUUCUACACAACCCACUUCCUCACCGCCGGAUACGAUCUAGACACCGUUAGCCGCAUGACCCCUGAGGACUUGACAGCCAUCGGGGUGAUGAAACCUGGACAUCGUAAGAAGCUGGGCUCAGAGAUCAGCAAGCUUCCCUCCACAGGGUGGCUACCAGACCACAAGCCUGCGAAUCUGGCUGAGUGGCUGUCUCAUCUGGGCCUCAGUCAGUACUACCAGGUGCUGGUGCAGAACGGAUAUGAGAACAUCGAUUUUGUCUCUGACAUCAGCCUUGAAGACCUGCAAGAGAUCGGCAUCAGCAAGCUGGGGCACCAGAAGAAGCUGAUGCUGGGGGUCCGGAGGCUGAAGGAGCUGCAGAGAGGGGAGCGGGGGUCCGACCCCGCCCUGACCCCUCCCUCCAGCCCGGGGGGUGGCAACGGCGUGGGCGCCCGGGAGCCCCGGGACGCCGACCCCAACCCCCUGGCCAAGACCCGGCCCGGCCACGCCGUCUCCCACGCACACACGCCCCCCCGCACGCCCACCCCCACGCCGCCCCAGACCCCCACCCAUGUGCGCGGCCAGCACGCCUCGCCCCGCGCCCGGCCCCGCCCGGCCCCCCACGCCGCCGCCGCCGCCGCGGGCCUGGACGGCGCGGGGGUCCCGAUGCUGCGCCUGCCCAGCGCGGAGGAGGAGCGACGGAGAACCAACAGCCUGAUCGGCGGCGGCGGAGGCUCCUCCUCCUCAGCGGACUCCGACUCCGCCCCCAGGUACGCCACGGUGUGCCGCAGCAGCUCGGACCUCAGCGAGCCCGCCGCCAACGACGUCAGCGUCAACCGCAGCCAGUCCUCCGUCACCCUGCGGCCGCGGCGGAAGGGCCGGCCCCCGACCCCGCCCAAGAGGUCCUGCUCCUCCAUCACCGGGGGCGACGGGGAGGGGGACGGCCGGGGCCACCACGGGGACGGGCUCCUGGGACCCCCCAGCUACCGGGAGAGACGGGCCAGCGACUGUGGGAGCCUGGGGUCCGCCCUGAGGGCCCAGGGGUCCGGGGGCCUGGAGAGGUCUGAGGGCCCCUCCGGCAGUGUGCGCAGCCUGGCCGCCAUGUUGGAGUCGUCCAUCGGGGGCGGGGCCAAAACCCUGCCCAGGACCAUGGGAGGCAGUAGCAGCUACCUACAGGCGAGCCCCCCCGUCCUCCGCCGCCAAACCAACGCCGGCGGCCUGGGGUCCGAGGAGGACGACCUCAUCAGCCGGCGCCGGACCAUCAGCGGGCCGAUCGAGGGCGCGCCCGGCGACCUGGCCGACCCGUCGCCCCGGCGACCCAGCCAGCCCCGCCCGGAGCCCCGCCCCCGCUCCACCGUGGCCGCGCCCGGCUGCACGGUCGGCGACGGCAACGCCACGCUCCGGAGGAGGCCGGCGCCGCAGAAGCCCAGGGACGCGGGCGGGGCCGACCCCGCGGUCGCCGCGGUUACCGCGGGCGCCACCGACACCAUCCGCCGGAGGCCGCGCACGUCCGACGCUACCGGCGCCGACCCACCGGAGGCCGGCGCCCGAACGCCGAGCGGCCAUCCCAUUGGCCCCGAGCAGCCGCAGCAGAACGGGGUGGUGGCGGUGGUGCUGCGGCGCAAGCCGGCGACGGAACUCUGUGACAGGCCGGAGGGCGACGGGGAGAGCUGUGAGUGGAUGGAGGCUCGGAAGUCUCUGAGGCCCCCCCUCUCGCCCAAGCCCUCCGGCGGCACUCUGAGGAGGAGCCACGCCGAGCCCACCACGCCGACACGCAAGGUCCCGCUGCCAGGCCCCGACAGCUAUGUGGACACGGCCCAGAGCCCCGAGACCAAGCGUGCCCCGCCUCCCGUCUCCCCGAAGCCCCGUGGUCCUCCAACGGCCCCCAAACCAGUCAAGACAGCGGCCGCCUCUGCAGCCAUGAGCCCCAGCACCCAAGCCCCCAGCCCCCUAGGCAGCAGCCCCCUAGCCCCCAGCCCCCUAGCCCCCAACAAACUAGCCCCUAUCCCUCUAGUCCCAAGCAUCGCCCCCAGCCCUCUGGCCACAAGCCCCUCCUCCGCCCACAGAUCCGCCUUCCCCGUCGCGGGGUCCCCAACCCCGGCCCCGGACCCCCACUCCGUCCCGUCGCUCUCCCCGGGGCUCCCACUCACCAGCACCUCCCCCGCCCAGAGCCCCUCCACCCCUUCCCCUCACCCCGUCAAACCACCCCGCUCCUCCAUCGCCGGCCUCUCCAUCGACCUGGGGGGGAGGGAGGCCGAGGAGGAGAGGGAGAGGGAGGAGGAGGAGGAGGAGGCGGCGGCGGCGAGGAGGGGCGCGGAGGAGGAGGAGAGGAGGAGGCGAAGGAGGAGGAGAGAGAAGGAGGAGAGGAAGAACAUGGAGGAGCGAGAGAGGGAGCGGAGGAGGGCCGAGGAGGAGGUGGAGGUGGAGCAGUGGGUGGAGGCGAUGAAGGAGGAGGCGGUGGAAGGGAGGAAGGAGGCGCAUCGCAGUGUGGAGGAGCACAGGGCUUCUCUGGCUGCGGCCGUGCAGGCGGUCGAACACAACGUCCAAACGGAGGAGCACGAAAACAAAUCUCAACCUGGCAACCCCUCCGCCUCCAUCUUGGAUGACAUCGGCAGCAUGUUUGACGACCUGGCGGACCAACUGGACGCCAUGCUGGAUUGAUCUGCUGCCCGAUGCUUUACCCAUUGCCCUCCGGACCCAAUUCUCCUUUCCACCUGUACAUGUGUAUGUCCCGAAACAUGGCUUUAAGCUAGCCAACUGUGAGUGUGUGUGUGUGUGUUUAGGAGUGUGUGUGUGUCUGUGUGUGUGUGUGUGUGUGUGUGUGUGUGCUUAGGAGUGUGUGUGUGUGUGUCUGUUAGUGUGUGUAUUAAGGUGUGUGUGUUUAGGAGAGUGUGUUUAGGCGUGCAUGCGUGUGUGUGUGUGUGUUUGUUGGUGUAUUAAGGUGUGUGUAUUUAGGAGUGUGUGUUUAGGAGUGUGUGUGUGUUUAGGAGUGUGUGUAUUAAGAUGCGUGUAUUUAGGAAUGUGUGUUAGGGAGUGUGUGUGUGUGCGUGUAUGUGCGUGCGUGUGCGUGUGACAGUAGGCUCUUCCCAUGCAGCCCUGUGCCCCGUGGAGGAGCUCUGCAUGGUCUGGCUGCUGCCACUCCGCGGAGCUCUCGCGUCGCGGCGCGCUUCCAUGACUGUGGAGGCUCCUCCCAGACAACCUCUGACCUCUGCAGCCCAGCGAAUCACAGCCUAGCCCCAGAGGGCUCCGGGGAAGGUGGAGAGCACAAUCAUUUUCCAGCGUCCACGCUUCACAUGAAGACUCCGGGCGAGACGGAGGCCGCUUCCUCAGCCGAGCUGAGCUAGGAGGUCACAUUUCUUGCAACGACAACAAUAACAACAACAAAAAAAAUAAAAUAAUAAUAUUGAAUAACUACAAGGAAAACAAGCACAAA